GAUCAUAUUCUGAUUGAUGUCAGUUCGUGUUUUGAUUUGGUAAACGGUUGUCAAUACUACGCCUUACUACUUUCGAGAAAUAAUAACAGAUAUUUCGUGAAAAAUGGCUACAAAAGUCGCCGUAGUAACUGGAGCAAAUAAAGGCAUCGGUUUCGCUAUAGUCCGCGGCCUUUGCAAGAAAUUUGAAGGCGUAGUUUACCUAACUUCGCGAGAUAUCGAACGUGGUAAAAAGGCGGUUGCCGAUCUCGAAAAAGAAGGUUUAAAUCCUAAAUACCACCAACUAGACAUCACGGAUAAGAAGAGUAUUGAAGCUUUUAGAGAUUACAUCAAAGAAAAAUACGAUGGUAUAAAUAUCUUGGUGAAUAACGCUGCUAUAGCCUUCAAAAGCACUGCUACAGAGUCGGUUGCCGUUCAAGCCGAACAAACUCUGUUCGUGAAUUAUUUUUCAUUGGUGUCAGCGUGUGAAACACUGUUCCCUAUCCUGAAGAAUGGCGCUAGAGUGGUAAAUGUGUCCAGUUCUUGCGGCCAACUAGGUUUGAUACCGAGUAAAGAGUUAAGAGAUAAACUGAAAGACGAAAAGUUGACGAUUCCAGAACUUUCCAAGUUGAUGCAACAGUAUGUCGAUGCAGCGAAGGCAGGUACCCAAGCGACUGAAUGGGGCACUUCCUCGUAUGUGGUAUCUAAAGUUGGUGUGUCAGCACUUAGUAUUAUUCAACAGAGAAUGCUUGAUAGCAGAGAUAUAAAAGUAAAUGCAGUACACCCUGGCUACGUUGACACCGACAUGUCAUCGCACAAAGGGCCGCUAUCCAUUGACGAGGGAGCUAUCGCACCUCUUUUCCUGGCCCUCGAUGCUGCAGACUCGGUCAAAGGCAAAUACGUAUGGUAUAAUAAGGAUAUUGUUCCAUGGGAUGCUGAAAAACCCUUGCCUGUUGUUUAACUUGUUAUGUAACAGAAAGCAAGUUUGGGCAAGACACAAUUGAUUAUCUACUGUGUUACAAUUAAGGUGUGUUUUGAAUGCUAGCUGCUUAAUCGUACUUGCAGCGAUUGCAUGUAAACAAUCAAUAUCUGAGGGCAACUGCACGUACUGCUGCCGCUUGGAUCCGAAACAGUUUCACGUUUUCAACUCUUCAAACACUGAUAGUCACUAGAUAUAUUAUUGUUCUUAACUGAUCAGGUCACUGCCUUGAUGUUGGCAAAAUCUUCGAUAUCAACGAAGGACCCAUAAACAAAAUAAGAAGAACAUACAAACCAGUGCAGCUGUGGCUGAUUUAACCCUUUAACCGCUUGUGUCGCAUAUGGCUUAUAUCUAUACUAAUAUUAUAAAGAGGAACACUUUGUUUGUUUGUUUGGUUGUAAUGAAUAGGCUCAAAAACUACUGGACAGUUUUUAAAAAUUCUUUCACCAUUCGAAAGCUACAUUAUCCACGAGUAACAUAGGCUAUAUUUUAUCCCGGUACGGGCAGUAGUUACCAUGGGACGCGGGUAAAACCGCGGGAAAACGGCUAGUACAAUAUACAACACAUGUUUCCGUGUCCCUACCGCGCGUGUCGUAUUUCUACGAUAAAGAACAUGCACGUUUUUUCGUUAUAUUUUUGUAAUUAACUGCGUGGUACAGCUAAAACUAUUAUUUAAUAGAUCUGUUAUUUACAACAAUUACUUCAAAUUAUGUUUCAUAGCUCUGAGCAUUAAAAAACUUUAAUAAUAAGUAGUAAGUCGACGUUUAGCCGCUCUAGGGGCACGGCAAUUGAUAUUUAGUCAAGCGCUUAAAGGGUUUGCAGUCGCGGCAUGUGCGGUCGGCAGUUGGCAUUCAAAAGAUACCUUUACCAUUAUAUUAGCAGUUAUAAGCUCAACUAAUAAUAUGUACACAUGAAGACAUGUUUCAAUUUAUGUAUAUGUAUUUUCAAGUAUUACUCUCUAUAUUAUAUAAUUUGGUAUUUAGUUGGUAAGAAGAUAAAAUAUUGUGAUAAAACAAUGUGAAGUGCCUAUCUAUCGAUGUACUAAAGAUUGCAUUUUAAAUGACAAUGAUAAGUAUUUUGUUAUUAAUAACUAAAGAAAUUUAAAUACUCCAGCAUUUGAGAGAUUUUUUAACUUUUAAAAUCAAGAUACCAACUGUAAUUUUAGGUUUUGUAAAAGUAUUUUCCAAGUAUUCUUUUUUAUAUUGGCUAUAGCCUAAAAUGCACAUAUCUUGUUUUGUUCUGAGCUCAAAAAAGGUGUUAUAAGAUGUUCAUGUAAUAAAUUUUGUUUUGUAAA